AUGGAAUCAAGAACUUACGGUCUGCGACCUCACACGAAUAGGUCCUCCUUCGACGAUUCUAAGGAUCGACGGAGCUCAAGUUUAACGAAAUGGCCUAACAUGAGUGUUGAAGAUGGCCUUCAGAAUGGCAGGUCACGAUCUCCCGGUGUGCACUCGACAGCGGAACUUUUCUACGAAGCACAACCUCCCAAGCAACAAACCAUUCGCCCAAGCCAACGCAUCAAGCAAAUGUUCACUCGAUUUCCAUGGCGAGACAUGUCGUGGCUGGUAGGGGUGACCUUUACAGUUGGAUCUGCAUUCUUCAUCGUCAACGGAUUAUUCCUCUUACUACCACUCACCAACCCAAGCACUAUCUUCGACUCGGAACUUUACUGGACUGGAGCCACAGGCGUGAUUGGCGGUGUGAUAUUCAUACUCGGCGGUUUUGCAGGAAUCCUGGAAGCCCUGAAUCUCAAUCGGGGAGCGGAAGUGACUGUGAUUGAAGGUAUUACUGUUGAUGGUGAUACAUCCGACAUAGAGAUGAAGAGUGAUGAAGAAGCCCAGCGCCAAAUCAACAAACUCGUCGCACCUUUCAGAGACAGCACCAUGGAUUUUCCUCUGCGCCAAACACUCCCUAGCAACCACUCACCAAGCUCCGCAGCAGCAAACUCCAAAACUACCACAGCGACACUUCCUGCUCUAUAUGGAAGCUCGACAUUCAUUUUCUGGCCUAACACACCACAGCUACGCACGUUCUACUUUCGCGACUUGUGCUUCAUCGCAGCUAUCAUUCAAUCUAUAGGGACAUUCAUCUUCAUGCUCGCUAUCAUCACAGCUUUCCCCGGCGUCAUAGACCUGACCAACAUCACGCUCUUCUAUACCGCCAACCUUCUCCCUGCAACACUCGGCGGUGUGCUCUUCAUCACGGCCUCAGUCCUACAAAUGAUCACCACGCAGCCAAACUGGUAUACACCGCGCCCCUUGAGCGUCGAGUGGCACGUGGGAUUUUGGAAUGUGAUUGGCUCUAUUGGAUUCACACUGGCUGGGGCAUUGUUCUACUUGGGUACGACGGCGGGGAGCAUCCAGGCGAGCGGUGCGAGUUUGUGGGGUAGUUGUGCUUUCAUAGUGGGAGGUUUGCUGCAGUGGUAUGUUGCCAUGAAGAAUUGUCGUUGA